GGCGGUCGACUUCGACUCCAACCACGACCAUCUCACCGACUUCUCCCACGGAUACGCCUCUUCCUCAUCGUCGGCGCCGACGACGACAAGACCGACACCACCGAUAACGACAGCAAUGCCCCGUCACUCUUUUCCGCUUCCCGUCGCCUCUGCCCCGACGUCGCCGGCCGUCGCGCGCAGCAAGCAGGGCAACCCGCCGGCAACUCCUCAGCGCACUCUCCAGCGAGCGCACCACCGACAAAUCAGCGCCUCGCCGUAUACGCCCAUCAACUCACUCUCCACUCCAUAUACCCCACACAGCCUCCGCUCGUUCUCAUCAUCGAACGUCUCGUCGCUCGCUACUCCAGCAUCGGUUGCGGAACACCACCGUCAAAACGUCCCUGUUUCGCCUGAAGAUAGCUUCAGGCACAAGGAUAGAAAAAGCUGCGCAGACAUCGCUGGCAAUUGGCGGGAUCGCGCUGGCGAAAACGACAUAAAAGUCCGUCUAAAUGAAGAGUCGCAAUUCGCGGACGACGAAGGCGAUGAUGGCGUUGAUCUUGACGGCUCCAGUUUCUUCUCCGUCGACAAGUCUCUUCUUCCUGCUCCUUUCCUGUCGUCUCAGCGCCGUGGCCGUGCAUUUACCACAAUACAGCCUCCCGUGGCUGCGUCUCCUCUCUCUCCAAUUCCCAACCCUCAACUGUCGACCCCUGCCCGCGCUUCGAUUGUGCAGUCGUUUACCCUGUCACCUGCCUUCCUCAAUACCCCGCCGCCAAACCCCGCACUCUUUAACAAGAUUAGGCUUCGUGGUACCGUUACCGAUCCCGCACAUACUCGUCGAAGACCCGUUUUUGGACAAGUGAGCGAACUCUGUGACAUCGAGGAAGAUGAUUAUCUGCUCCAGCCUCCCGCAUUUUUCUCUCAGGCCGCGGCCCAAGCACACUCUCAGACUCUGCCUCUUCACCUGCAAGAUCCGUUUGACACUUCUGUUUCUUCAGAUGCAAUGUACUACGACGCCUAUUCGCUCCCGGCACUUCUUGAGACACAGAAACAACUUGCCACCCCUCCAUCUCCUUCCUGCUCGGUCUGUGGUACCUCCAAGGGCUCCCUGGCUGUGCUCGAACCCUGCACCCAUCCUCUAUGCUCGGGGUGUCUCACGAGUGCUCUGAAUAUUGUUGGAGAGAAGGACAUGGAGUGUGCGGUCUGCAAGUCAAAGGUUCUCGAUUUCAAGCUGAAGAAGAUGGAGGAUGUGCCCAACUCCCGUGCCGCCAGCGCCGUUCGCAUGGGUGACGACGAUAUUGACGCAUAUAACCAGGCCUUUGCGCUGCCGAACGAUGGUGGUGUUCAGGACUUCUUCGGUCACGUUCAGGGCGCUUCUACUCCAGUGGCGCGGGCUCGACCUCUCCCAGGGACGGCUAGGAUCACCAAGUCAGACGACAAGGUUGUCCUUCGAAUCGAUAACGUACCAUGGGACAUUACCCCUCCGGCUAUUGCUGCCUGGCUCAAGCAUCCUGUUGAACGCGUUCAUGUCCUGCUCGAUCGCAAGGGCAAGACGCUCAGUCAUGCGUUUGCGGAGAUGGCCAGUCCUGAGGCAGCGAAGGCUGCGUUGAGAACAUCUCAAAACUCUGUUCUGGGCAGGGGCAAACGCGCUCGUGGGGUCACGGUCACACGAAGUAAUCAAGAGGAGCUAAUGCGGGCACUCUUUCCGUCGUGGCAGGGUGUCUUCGACGGCUCGCGGCCCUCACUGUCUAGUUUGAGUAACGAACAUGUUAUCGCCGCCUUGCAGCAUGGUCUAAUCUCCGAAGCUGACCUCAAGUCCCUUAUGCAUUUGAUUCGCUCUCCGGAUAGCCACUUCCUCAAGGUCCCAUCUCUUCCCUUCCACUCGCUCAUCAGUAUCCUGUCGAAGUUCCCUACGGAUGAGGAUAGCCGUGUUUUUUGGUCUGGUAAUCUGAGAGACUUGCUCUAUGAGGUCACUCACGCUGCGGUAGAAGCUCUCCUUGCCCGCAUUGAGGAUAGCCCCUUCUCCGAUUGGGCUAAUCUUGCCGCGGAGUUAGUCCGCGCCGCCAUGAGCUGCCAAGCCUUCACCGCCGAGCAGAUGAGCAAGCUCUCUGAUAUCUUGGAAGCCGUGCUCCCUCCCGCCACCUCUUCCCCUGCUGUGUCCCACGCUGCGUCGCCUCAGAGAUCCAACAACGCCUCCGCGCCUACCGCACCACUGCAGAGCAGUCGCAAGUUUAAUACUGUUGACGAAAAUAUCAAGCCUUACGGAGACCUCGCUAAAGAAUUCGGCGUAGACGCGCACAUUGUCGAAGCACUCGCACAACGUCUCUCUCAGUUUGCAUAAUGACCUCCUUCGCACCCCAUGCCUGCCGGACUAUAUCAUGCACAGGAUCGAUCGCAUAGCUUUCUCCCAAUUCAAUCAUUCGCUUCGUUUGGCCGGAAUUCACACAACAACUGCAUCAGUUUUCUCCUGCAUUCGCAUCUCCAAAAUCAUCACUCACGGAUUUUACCCCUCCUCAGUGUCAUUAAGAGUGUCGCUAUCCUAUGUCCACCACUUUGCAGUCGCUCGCCAUUCAUGUUCCAGCAGCAAUCUCUUUCUCUCCACCUUUUCUCCGUAACAAUCGUUGUCCAUGAUGUUCUCUCUUCCCGCACUCUUUCGCUCUGGUUCCGCUAUGGUCUGUUGUCGUCUUCCCGCUUGUUUUCGGGGUAGUAGAAACUUUCUUUCCAGUCCUCCACUACCGUGUACAAAGUGUAAUAUCCCACGUUUUCUGUAAUGUCUACGCAGC